AUGACAUCAGAAAUAGUUCAAACUGGUAAUAUUGAGAACUCGAAUCCUAACGUUUCAGCUCACAAUACUCCUAAGAAUAUCAAGCCAACAAAAAACAACGCGACAACCAUGUCUUGUAUGGGAAAUAGCAAAACCAGAUGCACAAAGUCAAACUCAUCUGCCAAUGACUUUGUACCUCCAAAUGAUGAACUAUCAGAGAAGAUUGUCAAACAGGUUGAAAUGUUUUUCUCUGAUUUGAAUAUUUUGAAAAAUAAGUUUCUGCUAAAGCAUGUUCGAAGAAACAAAGAUGGUUACGUAAGCUUGAAACUGAUUUCGUCCUUGCGAAAAGUGAAAUCUCUGACCAAGGAUUGGCGCGCAGUCGCUUACAGCAUGGAAAAGUCGGAAAAGCUGCAAAUGAAUGAAGAAAAAUCUAAAAUUCGUAGAACCGAUGCACUGCCACCACUUGACGUAUCAAAAACUGUACUUGUUUAUAAUCUCUCAAAAGGAGCGGAAGACAAAGAUAGGUUAAAACUGAUGCUAAGCAAAUAUGGGACAAUAGCUUCAAUUCUUUUCUCAGAGGAAGAAGAAUAUUCUGUUAUUUUAGCUAUCAAGAAAGUUAUCGCACUAAAUUCUGAUAUUCCAAACAAAUCAUUUGUUGUCGUUGAAUUCGAGUCACUGAUUGAAGCAGAAAGUGGUUUAUCAAAAUGUAACUCGCUUUCGACUCGAGAAUUCAAUAUGAUUCCAAUAUGUGCUAUUCAUAGUAUCAGCAAACAAGUACAUGAUUCACAACUGCAACUGGCGUCCAAUCAUCAAGAACGCACAAGACAGAAGAACAAUCACAAUGAUGAAACUCUUCAAGUGACAUCAAUUAAAAUCGAUACCUCAAGUGGUGACAAAAAGAGACGAAAAAGGUUAAGAAAAAAGCUCUCUGAUGGUGAAAACUCGCCCACUCUACCUCCUAUAAAUAGACUGGCAAACUUGUACUCAAGUCCAAAUCCAUACCUAAACUCGCUCUAUCCUUAUCCAAAAUUUAUUGCACCGGCUUAUCCAAUUCUUGCGACUAAAUUCAAAGGAGACGGAUUGGAAAACACUUUGUGGAACCAGCAGCAGUACUUCGGGAAAAAUAGAAAAUUUUCUGGAGUUUUUGCAAUCCGGCAGCCAAGAGGUCCUGAUGGUACAAAUGGAUUUCACGUAGGAAGACUUAGAAUGAGACACCAACUCAUUUGA